GUCUGAGAAGGCCAAGGAAGAGAAGAAGGAUGCAACAAACAAAGAUGACGACAAACAGAAGAAAAAAUCUCGUUUUCUUCGAGAAGAUUUCGGCGAGAAGGAUCCGUCGAGAAGGGUUGAUGCUGCCAGAGACGUUGAUAAAGAUAAGCCUAUUGACAAUGCAAAGUAUGAGGAACUCAAACGCAAAGAAGAAGAAAAACAAAAACAAGAAGAAGAAAAAGAGGAAUUGAUAAAAGCGGCCCGAGAAAAAAGGAAAGAACGUGAACUAAAGGAGGAUGCAAAGGUUGUUGAAGAAAAUUUAAAAAAUAAAGAGAAAACACAAAAUGAGGAAAUUGUAACUGAGAAAAUAUCCGUUGUUGAAUCAGCCCCAGUGGAAUCUGCACCAAAAACAGAGUCAUUUUCUGAAAUAGAAAAAGAAGCAAGCAAAAUAGUUGAUGAUAUUCAACAAGAUAAAUCAGUUGAAGAAACAACUUCUAAGGACAUAAGUAGUAAUGAUGAUGUAAAACAAGAACAAAAAGUAGAGACUGAAUCUAAAGUAGAAGCAAAAGAAGACGUUGAAUCCGAAGCACCAUUGCAAGAUAUUAAGUCGGAGGAGGAUACAGCAGCAAAGCCUUCAGAUAAGCCAUCUAGUGAUAAGGCAGUCGAAGAAACAUCAGUGGAAUCAACUCCCAUACCAGCAGACGAAGCUACUGUUUCAAAAGAUGUACCGAAAGAGGAAGAAACAAAAGAGAAAACACCAGUUGAAGAAGCACCUACAGAAGCUGAUAAACAAGAUGAAAGGGCUCCUUCUGAAGAAGUUAAAGCAGAGGAUAAAGCAGAUAAGAAACCAGAGGACGUACCAGCGGUGAAAGAGGAAGUUCAAAUCGAGGAAGUAACUGCAGUAGAAUCAGCACCUUCGGAAUCACAACCAAUCGAGGAUAAAGCAGAUGUUGAUGAAGGAAAAGAAGAGGCCGUAUCAGCGGUAAAAGAGGAAGUUCAGAGUGAGGAAAUAACUGCAGUUGAAUCAGCACCAUCAGAAUCUCAACCAGUUGUGGAAGAAGCAGUCGAACCAAGUGACGUUGAACCAAUAGAGUCCACACCCAAGGAUGCCAAAGAUGAAAAGGUUAUCCAUUUACCUCAAACUGACGAGGCUGAGGAAAAGGAAGCAAAGGGACCGUUGACGGAAGAACAGAAAACCGAAAAGGCUUUAGACGAUUCCAUUGAGAAGAUGUUGAGUGAUGCUGGUCUUGAAGAUGCUGGUAGAUCUGUAGUUGCCAUAGCUACGAGUGUGGAAGAACAUGAUAAAGAUGUUGUCGAGAAACAAGAGGAAGAAAAAUCAGAAAAGGUAAGUACAAGUUUGAUAAUUCUAAAAAUUAUUUCCAAAGCAUUCGCAAAUAGAAAUUGAUAAAGACUACGGGUUGAAAUCAAUCGAUGUAAAACAUAUAACAACUGAAAACAAAAUGUUUCAAUGUUUUCCCCAUUGUCAUCGAUUUCACAAUGUAUAAAUCUUAUUUUGGACAUAUGAGAACAAUGUGAGAAAAUUGCAAAUAUUAUUUUGCAAUAAAAAUUAAAAAAAGAAAUAUGAAGGAAAAACAAUGUAAAACACUACUACUAUUAUAGGAAUAUAGGUGACAGAUUGUUUUAUGUGCUCGUGAAUAAAGUUAUUGUUUUCAAGGAUUCGAAAGUCACCCCACCUACUACUCCUCCAGCAUUUAUGGUAAGUAAGACAUUUUGACUUGAUCAAUUUUCAUUUAUUUUAUAACAGUGAUUUCGAAUUAGACGUACAUAUAGGUCCCUGUAUUUCCCUAUUUCCUAUGUUAUGCUACAUGUAGUACUAAAUGUAAAUUUUGCAUGCAACUAAUGCCA